GUUCUAAUAAUCACCAUAAUAAUAGGCGCUGGGCGUACAGAGGGGACCCAGGCGACGCUGGCCUCCAUCCGAUAACCACCGUAACAGGGGCUGGGCCGCGCCGCUCCUCCGCUCUAAGUGCUCUUUACAUGCUUCUUAAGUUACCGGCAGGCCAGCCGCCCUUACGAGAGCCCCUCACGGACAUUAACCCAAUUGAGAAGACUGAACCCAGCAUACGGACGUUAAGUUGUCCCAAAUCGCAGGGCUGGCGAGUGAGGAGCCUGAAUUGGAACCCAGGAGCUUCUGGAACCCGCUCCAGAAUUGCGCUCUCGACCGGUUUGUCCGCGGAGAGCGAACGGGUGCGCGAGCGCCGCAUCCCUGCCCAAGGCCAUCAGGCAGGCAGCGCUGGGGCCCGGGACCCGCGCGGAGACUCCACCCCGGGAUCCGGGAAGGCUCCCCCGAGCCGGGGUCGGAGCUGCGGCUGGAGGGGCCUCGGCUUAAGGAGGAUCUGGGAGGGCGGGGGCUCAGUCCUGGCCACCAGGUGUGAGGGGUCGGGUGCGGAGCCCUGUGUCAGACGCGGCGGUGAAGGCUGUAGCCCUGCUCUCCGGGAUGAGGGUGGUACUCUCACCCCACCCUGCCCCAAGCCGCAGGGAGCCCCUGGCGCCCCUGGCGCCCCUGGCACUGGCGCCCGGGACCCGCCCUGGCUGGAGCCCUGCGGUUUCCGGGAGCUCACGGUCGGCUCUGCGCCCCUCCACCUCCGGGCCUGGGCCUGGGCCAGGGACGGGCUGGGGCGGGACUGCGGCCUCGGGGCGCUGGGUCCCUGCCCCUGCCAUGCACUGCGCGGCUCCCCGCGCCGCAACUGGGCACCAGCAGCACCACGGACCGCCCCUGCGCUCGCCCGACGGCGCCCCGCGGCGCUUUAAGAGCCGGCCUGGCAGCCCAGCCCCAGCCGCCCAGACCGGCGAGACCAGCCUGCGGGAGCAGCCCCAUGGCGGAGCAGCUGGCCCUGGUGAUUGGGGGCACCAUCGGGGGGCUGCUGCUGCUGCUGUUGAUCGGGGCAAGCUGCUGUCUGUGGAGAAGGUUCUGUGCCACCCUCACCUAUGAGGAGCUGCCUGGGACACCAGCCAUGGCCACCGCAGCUGCCUCCAGUGGGCAGCGGGACAGGCCCUGCCAGCCGCAUGCUAGGACCCAACUGAGCAGGCCACCAGCUGUGCCAUUCGUGGUGCCCCCAACCCUUCAAGGCCGAGAUUGGGUGCCCCUGCACAGUGGAGAGUGGGCCGAUGCCCCAUGGGACCCCUGCCCGGCAUCAGAGCUGCUGCCUCACACCCCCAGCGGCGGCCUUGGAGAUGCAUGUAUGCUGGGGGCCAUCAACCCAGAGCUGUACAAGUUCCCAGAGGACAAAAGUGAGACCGACUUCCCCGACGGCUGCCUGGGGCGGCUGUGGUUCUCGGUGGAAUACGAGCAGGAGGCUGAGCGGCUGCUGGUGGGCUUGAUCAAGGCACAGCACCUGCAAGCCCCCUCGGAGACCUGCAGCCCCCUGGUGAAGCUCUACCUGCUGCCUGAUGAGCGGCGCUUCCUCCAAUCCAAGACCAAACGCAAAACCUCCAACCCGCAGUUUGACGAGCACUUCAUCUUUCAGGUGUCCAGCAAGACCGUCACCCAGAGGGUGCUGAAGUUCUCCAUCUACCACGUGGACAGGCAGAGGAAGCACCAGCUCCUGGGCCAGGUGCUCUUCCCCUUGAAGAAUGAGACCCUGGUGGGGGACUGCCGGCGUGUCAUCUGGAGAGACCUGGAGGCCGAGAGCCUGGAGCCCCCCUCGGAGUUUGGCGACCUCCAGUUCUGCCUCAGCUACAACGACUACCUGAGCCGCCUGACGGUGGUUGUGCUGCGUGCCAGGGGCCUCCGGCUCCAGGAGGACAGGGGCAUUGUCAGUGUGUUUGUCAAAGUGUCUCUGAUGAACCACAACAAGUUUGUCAAGUGCAAGAAGACUUCAGCUGUGCUGGGCUCCAUCAACCCUGUGUACAAUGAGACCUUCAGCUUCAAGGCCGAUGCCACCGAGCUGGAUACCGCUAGCCUCAGCCUGACUGUGGUGCAGAACAUGGAAGGGGACAAGAGCCAGCAGCUGGGCCGAGUGGUGGUGGGCCCCUACAUGUACACCCGCGGCAGAGAGCUGGAGCACUGGGACGAGAUGCUCAGCAAGCCCAAGGAGCUGGUGAAGCGCUGGCAUGCGCUCUGCCGCACCACGGAGCCCUGACCCUUCGCCCAGCACCGCGGUUCCGCUUUGGGAGCCGACCAUCCUCGCAGUCGCACGUGACAGCCACAGCCACACGCAUGGACGUUUCAUCCAACAGCUCCCCGAGCUGCCAGGCCAGCCCGAGCCAGGAGGACGUGAGUGCUGAUAUGCAGGAGAGAAGAGGGGACAAAGAAGCCCUGGCCCGGUCAGCGGCUCUGGCCAUACAGCCUUCCGACACACUCCCUCCUCCUUACCUGCGGGGCUGCCUGGGCUCGGAAUCCCGGCUCCUGGUCCUCACAGCCCUGAUUUGGACCAGAAUCUCAGGUGCUCAGAAGAAAGAUCCUGUUUAGUGAUGACCCAGCUCUACCUGCUGAAUGGACCUGCAGGGUAAACUUGGGUGCCUCCAUCUGGGAAAGCUGAUGAUGUGUUCAUGCAGUCGAUGACCCUCACUGCUUUUUCAGCCAGGGUUUCUCUGCCUUCUGCCUGGCAGAGAAAACACACUGCUAUGGGGAAAAUCACAGGGAGGGCGCUGUGACCAGCGCACUCAGGCACCAAGUGUCAGCAUGGCUCACUGUGCUGGGUGAAGGCCUCCCUGAGCAUUAGGUCCUCCACGGGGCUGUGUCAAAUGCCCUCCCACAUUGUAUCAAGUCUGCCCAUGGCCCACCCUCCCCACAGUCCAAAACCACACAGCCCUGGUUCUCCAGCUGUUCUGCUGCUGUUUCUGUGCUCUCCCUGAUUAAGAGCAUUCAGUUCCUGGGCUCUCCCUUUGAGCAGGAAAUGGUGAAAGCAUGUGGCUAUGGUAUAGCCCACAGGGCUGAGAUUGCUGUGUUGCAGUAUUGAUGUAAAAUUUGUUAAGAAGGAAGUACCCACAAGUCACUGCCAUCAACUCCCCAGAAGUUGCACUCAAGCUAGUGAGCAGCCCUUGUGCUUGUCACAGUUACUGUAACAGGUAGUGUGUAUUUGCACCUGGCAUCGUGCAGCCUGCACGUCAACACGUUGUUUUGCGUAACUAGAACAGCACAUGGAACCACUAUCUCUUUCUCUUUUUUCCUUCUUUUUCUUUUUAUUUUAUUUUAUUUUAUUUUUUUGAGACGGAGUUUCCCUCUUAUCACCCAGGCUGGAGUGCAAUGGCGUGAUCUCGGCUCACUGCACCCUCCACCUCCCAGGUUCAAGCGAUUCUCCUGCCUCAGCCUCCCAAGUAGCUGGGAUUACUGGCGCCCGCCACCAUGCCUGGCUAAUUUUUUUUAUUUUUAGUAGAGACAGAAUUUUACCAUGUUGGCUAGGCUGGUCUCAAAUUCCUGGCCUCAGGUGAUCCACCUGCCUCAGCCUCCCAAAGUGCUGGCAUUACAGGCAUGAGUCACCGCACCCAGCCCGACCAGUAUCUUUUUCUUAUGCAGUGAAACAACUUUAGCAAAAGAGGCAAUGAAUGUUAUACUGAGUUUCUACCUCUUUAACUCCACCUCCAAUUUCUGUCAAUCUACAAAUACAAGUGUCGCCUCGCAGUGUUUCGUAUGGACAGAAUAUCUUGUGUUUGCUUUUUGUCACUUAUUUCACUUGCACAUUUUCUUUUGUUUGUUUGUUUGUUUUUUGAGAUGGAGUCUCGCUCUGUCGCCCAGGCUGGAGUGCGGUGGCGUGAUCUAGGCUUACUGCAAGCUCCGCCUCCCGGGUUUACUUACGCCACUGUCCUGCCUCAGCCUCCGGAGUAGCUGGGACUACAGGCAUCUGCCACCACGCCCUGCUAAUUUUUUGUAUUUUCAAGUAGAGACGGGGUUUCACUGUGUUAGCCAGGAUGGUCUCGAUCUCCUGACCUCAUGAACUACCCGCCUCGGCCUCCCAAAGUGCUGGGAUUACAGGCGUGAGCCACCACGCCCGGCCCACUUGCACAUUUUCAAAGUAGUCCACAAAGCUGUAGUUUCUAAUAGCUUCAUAGCUCACAUGUAAUAGGGGUUCUCUGUGUGUUUAUAGAGCAGGCUACUACAGUGGAACUGUUUCUGUUUCAUCUGACAUCUGGAUAGAUGCCAGCCACCCCCACAUUCCAAGGUGAGAUUUCUGACUAGCAGUGACUUUUCUAGGGCCGCUUGGAGAAGUUGAUAAGUAUCCUUUUCUGCAGGACAGAGUAGACUGGUAUCUCUGACUCAUCCCUGAAAAAUCUAAAUGGCAAGAGACCAGCUGGCUCUCUGCUCUGAUGGGGAGGAGGUUGUUGUUUGGGCUGUUCUCUACAGACAUAGUCAGGGCAAAAAGCAUAUGCAUGCUUCCCAUGGACCAGAGAGACCUGGCCUGGGUUGUCUCAAAUCCUGUCCACAAGGCAAUUCCAGAAGAAAGAAGAAGCCCUUUACAUUUCCAUAAAACACUUUAGAAUCAGCUAGUCAAUUUCCACAAAAUAAAGUGCUAGAAUUUGAUUGGAUUUAAUUGAUUAUGUAGAACAAUUUGGGGGCCAUUUGACAUCAUUAAAACAUUCAAUCUUCCUAUUCAUUAAUGUGGUAUAUCUCUUCACUUUAAGUCUUUUGUAUGUUUCUCAGAACUAUUUUUGUGGUUUUCAGUAAAGUGUUCUUGCACAUCCUUCAAUAGAUUUAUUCUUAGACGUUUUAUAUUUGUUUAUGGCUAGUAUAUACAGAUUCUGUUGCUACAAAACUAUGUUGACCUUGUUAUCCAGUGAGAGGCCUUGUGACAUUCAUUUAAAUUAUAAUAAUUUGCAGAUUAUUUUUGUAUAAUCAUGUCCUCUGUGAAUGACAUUUUAUUUCUUCCUUUCUUAAUGUUUAUGCCUUAUUUAGCUCUUGCCAAACUGCAGUGGCUGAGCAAUUGGACAAGAUAAAGAAAUAAAAGUGAUCCAGAUCAUAAAGAAAGAAGUAAAACUAUAUCUGCACAUGACAUAAUCUUGUCUAUGGAAAAUCCUAAGGAAUCCACACACAAAAAAACUACUAGAGCUAAUAAGUUUGGCAAGGUUGCAAGAUAUAAAAUUGGUAUACAAAUUGCAGUGGCUAGGACCUCCAGCAGAAUGCUGACUAUAAGUAGUGAUAGUGGGUAUUCUUGUCUCAUCCUCAAUCUCAGGGGUGGUGGGUGUGGCAUGUGGAGAGUUGUCAAUAUUCACCAUGAAGUUUGAUGGUUAUUAUAGGAUUUUUAAUGUACUCAUUAACAUAUAUUCUCAAACUGUUAAAAAGAUUUUUUUAAUUACAAAUGAGGUUAAAUUUCUCUCAAAUACUUAUUCUGCACCUUUUGAAAUAAUUUUAUUUUUCUCCUUUAUUCUUUGGAUGUGAUGACUUAUACUAAUUGACUGUUGAAUGUCAAACCAAACUUAACAUUCUUGUAAUAGAAACCAGCAGGGUGUGUACGCGUUUGUGUGUGUGUGCAGGUUUAUACACAUAAACACAAUAAUACUUGGACUUAUUUAUUUAAAAUUUAGAUUUAUUAGAGGGAGCAUGGCCAUAAAAUAAAAUAAAAUAAAAUUUAGAUUUAAGUUGAGCUCAGUGGCUCACAUCUAUUAUCCCCGCACUUUGGAAGGCCAAGGCAGGUAGAUUGUCUAAGCUCAGGAAUUUGAGACCAACGUGGUGAAACUCGGUCUCUAAAAAACCACAAAAAUUAGCCAGGUAUGGUGUCACAUGCCUGUUGUCCCAGCUACUUGGAGGGCUGGGGCAGGAGUAUUGCAUGAGCCCGGGAGGUUAAGGCUGAAGUGAGUCAUGUUCACGCCACUGCACUACAGCCUGGAUAACAAAGCGAGACUCUGUCUCCAAAAAUAAAAUAAGUAAAUAAAUAAAUAAAUAAAUAAAAUUUAGAUCAAUUUGCUGUUAUAUUUUUAUAUAAACUAUGUUUAUGACAUAAGUAUAAACAAAAAAAUAAAAUAAGUAAAUAAAUAAAUAAAAUUUAGAUUAAUUUGCUGUUAUAUUUUUAUAUAAGCUAAGUUUAUGACAGACUUUCCUAUAAUAUUCUUAUCAUAAUGUUCUUGCACUUGAAAGAAUGCGCAUUCUGCAGUUGUGUGCAGGUGUUAUGUGUAUUUCAACUGGGUCCAGUUUGUUAAUCAGGUUGGUCAAAUUAUCUACAUCUUUACUGAUAUUUUUGUCUGUUUUUCUAUAAAUUACUGAGAGAGGAUAAAGCCUGCCACUGUUAUUAUGAAUUUGUUUAUUUCUCCUUUGAGUUUUGUUAAUUUUUGUUUUAUGCAUUUAGAGGUUGUGUUAUUAGGCUCAUACCCAUUUAAAAUUGACGUUUUCUGGUAGAGUGAACCCUUUAUUAUGUGAAAUGGCUUUCUCUACCACUCACAAUGGUAUUUUUUUCACUUUCCCCCUUAUUUUUGAAUUUUCAAUGUUCUUAUAAUGAUGUCAUGUCUCUUGAAUAGAGUUGUUUUAAUCAA